CUCCUCCAUCUAAUCUCAUCAACAGUCUUGGCUCUUUUCUCCUUAUCAGAUUCUCUCACGUUACUUACAAUUAUUUACCUUCACUCUCAUCUCUGACAUUCAACAACAAUGUCCGGCGGCCCAAAGAAAUCCCUCCUCAUCGGCAUCAACUAUACCGGGAGUCAAAACGAACUCCGCGGCUGCCACCAAGAUGUCGAAAACGUAGCCGAAUUCCUAAGUUACAGGGGCUAUUCAGAUGACCCGCGCUCGCAGGUCAUCUUAAGAGACGAUAUGCCAGAUCAAUAUUACCCCAGUGGUCACAACAUCUUGGCAGCAAUAGACUGGCUAGUCUCCGAACCAGGAACAACCAAUUUCUUCCACUACUCAGGCCACGGCGGACAAGUCCAAGAUCCAACUGGUAAUCACCCCUCCGGCCUCCUAGACACCAUCUGUCCCGUCGACUUCCGCGAAAGAGGCCAACUCGACUCCGAUGUCCUGCACCAACACCUCGUCUCCCGCCUCCCACCCUCAUCAACCCUCUUCGUAAUCCUCGACUGCUGCCACUCCGGCUCGGCCCUCGAGCUCCCCUUCGUCUACCGCUCCGACGACGACGGCAACAUCUCCUUAAUGGACAACCUAAAAACCGGGGUCCACCUCCUGGGCGAAGCCAACGAUUUGUUCGCUGGCGGCUUUAGCUUCAACAAGUUAGCCGAAGCGAAAGAUCUGUAUGCCGGCGCGACGAGUUUCUUCCGCUCGUUCAAGCAUAUGGGCGAGGAGCAGGGGGAUGGCCUGGCUGAGGGCGAUUAUGCGGCGUAUGAGAGGGAGCAUAAGAUGGUUACGAUGUUUAGUGGGUGUAGGGAUGAUCAGACGAGUGCGGAUGCUAAUAUUGGGGGGAUGAGCGAGGGGGCGAUGAGUUGGGCGUUUUUGGAGACUAUGAAGAGGAUUCCGAAUCCGACAUAUUUGCAGACAUUGACAGAUACGAGAUAUUGCUUGAGACAGUCAAACUACACCCAAGUCCCGCAACUGAGUAUCGGUCUCGAGAUCAACCUUGAGCAGCCACUUGCUAUCUGAGAUUUUGGGGUGAUCGAAGGACGAGAUGAAAUGUUAGACAUAGAAGAAAUAGCUACGAAAAGUCAUUCAUGCG